UCCAAACCAAACCCCACUACCUCGUUCUGUUCCUACGUUGUCUUGUCCCUCCUCUCCGGCCACCUCUCCCGGUUCUGAAGUCAAAAUGGCCAUCGCCUAGAUCACGGCGAAAGCUUCCAUGGCCGGCGAGUCUCGCAGCGCCAGCAGCAUUUACCUCGCGAUCGAUUCUCCCCUGGUUUCUCCAUGAGAUCUGCAGCUCAUGGCGGCUAAGCAAAAGAUCACCAGACGACCCAAGCUCAAGCCCGACAGCGACGUCGCCUCCCCCAUGCCUCGUUCGCAGCGUCCUGAUUCCAGAUACCGGAGGAUCGGCUUCGUGCUCCCGGUGUUCCUGCUUUUGUUCGUCGUGGGUUUCGCGGGCAUUUACUCGAAGUGGUGGGGAAGUUUCACGGUCGACGAUGUGUCCCCCGGCGUAUAUUCGAUCGAAGUGGUGCGCGAGUUUCCUCACGAUCCCCAAGCCUUCACUCAGGGGCUUCUUUACGCGGAAAAUGAUACCUUGUAUGAGUCGACUGGUCUCGCUGGGCGGUCAUCAGUUCGAAAGGUAGCUCUCCAAAGUGGGAAGGUUGAGGCACUACAAAAGAUGGAUCGAUCUUACUUUGGGGAAGGUUUGACUCUUCUUGGCGAAAGGCUGUUUCAAGUAACUUGGUUGCAGAAAACUGGUUUCAUAUAUGACAGAAAUAAUUUAAGCAAAUUUGAAGAAUUCACUCAUGAGAUGAAAGAUGGUUGGGGACUAGCAACUGACGGCAAAAUGUUAUUUGGAACUGAUGGAACUUCAACGUUGUAUCAAAUUAAUCCUCACAAUUUCAGAGUCAUGGGUAAACAGGUUGUCAGAUACAGGACUCAUGAAGUUCACAACCUAAAUGAGCUGGAGUAUAUUAAUGGGGAAGUUUGGGCAAACAUAUGGCAGAGUGAUUGCAUUGCGAGAAUCUCUUAUAAAGAUGGCAAAGUAAUCGGCUGGAUACUUCUUCAGAAAUUGAGGGAAGGAUUGAUAACAGCAGGAUAUAAUGGAAUUGAUGUUUUAAAUGGCAUAGCAUGGGAUAACAAAGAGAAGCGCCUUUUUGGUAAUCUCUCAUCUUUAACCUGCAUUUUCCAGCAUGUAGUCUUCAUAGCCACAAGUUCGUGUCUCUACGAGCAACUCAUCUGGUGAUCAUUUACUGAAGAGUAACUGGAAAAUUAUGGCCGAAGCUGUACGAGAUCCGGUUGCAUCCUGUAAAAAGGCGGUUUGAUGAUGGAGUCAUCAAGCGACUGUGUUUGCGGAUGCCUUUCGAUUUCGGAAAGCCAUAGUCCGACGGAGGAGCCAUUCACGGCAUGGUGAUGGUUAGUUGUGCUACAAACAAGUUGGCAUGAUCGGGAUUAUAAUGUUAGGAAACACGGUGCCGUCGCUGAGAAACAUACAAUCACGGAAGAGCCAAACUUUUUCACAUUGAUAAAUUCGAUAUCUCUCUCUCUCUGUGAUGGGUUUGUCGAGUCUCGUCUCUUCCAUUCUUCUUAACUCAUGCGGUUUACCAGGAGUCCACAUAAAAGGACUGUACAUAUGCAUUCGCUGAAGCUUUGUUUUUGAGUUAAUGGAUUUGAAUGGAUUGAAGCCACCUUCAGAAAUUCGUAACAAAGUGGAAAAUAUAUCAAUACAAAUUACGCUUUUAUUGCUUUA